ACAAAAAAAGUCGUCGGCCACCCCGUUUGAAUGUCACAGGUAGACCCGUCCAUUUUCGACUAAUUAUAAUUGACAGACGAUACCCCUUGGCCUCAGUACGCAAGCGUCGGUCUGGGGUCAGUAACUGAACCCUCUCACUGCGCCAGACUUCCAGGUGAACCCUUCCCACAGCCCCGGAGCGUUUGUUUGAGUUCUCCUAACUUUUCUCUCCGUGAGUUUUUCGCCUGUGUUUGCUGUGUGGUGUCCGGUUCUGUGUACGCGUCGGUCCGACCAGCUACCGCAGUACGCGACGACAGACUCGCAAAGGUCUGAAUCUCUGCCAAGGACGAAGAACUUAUUAUUCCUCGAGUCCUCCCAAGAGCCGGUGCGUUCUUCUAGACUCUUGUCUGUGAGCUGAGAUCCUUUCUAAGAGCCUGUGACGCUUGCAAAGUUGUGUAGCUGUUUUGUUUACGGUUUGUCGGCAUUGAAAACGUUUGAUUCGGUGUCGUUCCGCUUGAGAGAACACCUACGAACGCGUCCCCUGGACUGGAUCUAAGUCGCCCCUCCCCCUUCACGGAAGUGAAGAAUACUCCAAGGAGCUGAACACACCACGCCAAGACGUCUUCAAGAUGGUGAACCCAGGAUUCGCAGAUCGUGAUAUCCCCUUGUUCUCCAUCCCCGACUAUGUCGUCUUCGCGCUCAUGCUGGCGAUCUGCACGGGGAUCGGGAUCUACUAUGCCUGUGCCGGCGGAGGCCAGAGGACCACCCGGCAGUUUCUCCUGGCGGAUCGGCAGAUGCAGAUCCUUCCCGUGGCCAUGUCUCUCCUCGCCUCCUUCAUGUCAGCCAUCACGGUGUUAGGCACGCCGGCGGAGACUUAUGUGUACGGGACCAUGUAUUUCAUGUUCUCGAUCUCCUACCUACUCAUGGGUAUGGCGGCCGCACAUAUCUACAUGCCUGUGUUCUUCAACCUUGGAGUCACCAGUGCAUACGAGUACCUGGAGCGGAGGUUCUCCAAAGGGGUACGCCGGGUGGGAUCCGCUACCUUCAUCCUGCAGAUGGUGAUGUACAUGGGAAUUGUGCUGUACGCACCGUCACUGGCCCUGGAGGCAGUGACGGGUAUGAACGUGUGGGCCGCCGUCCUGUCUCUCGGCAUCAUCUGUACCUUCUACACAACUAUCGGUGGUAUGAAGGCCGUACUGUGGACCGACACGUUCCAGGUGUGUGUGAUGGUGGCGGGGUUUCUCGCUGUGAUUAUCCAGGGGUGCUCCCAGCUCGGCGGCAUCUCUCAGGUCUGGCAAACCAACUACGAGGGAGGACGGCUGGAGUUCUUCAAUUUUGACCUGGACCCCCGUGUGCGCCACUCCUCCUGGUCCGUGCACAUCGGCGGAACCUUCAUGUGGAUCGCCAUCUUCGGCGUGAACCAGGCGCAGGUCCAGCGCUACCUCACCGUGGACAGGCUCAGCAGGGCACAGAUUGCCCUGUACCUGAACGUUGUCGGGCUGUGGCUGAUCGUGACCCUGGCUAGCCUGUGCGGACUGGUUCUGUACGCGUACUACAAGGACUGUGAUCCGGUCACGGCAGGAUACAUCAGUACUUCGGACCAGUUGAUGCCCCUGAUUGUUAUGGAGAUCCUGAGCUGGUUACCAGGUCUGCCUGGCCUCUUCGUGUCCUGUGUGUUCGCCGGCGCUCUAAGCACGAUGUCUUCUGGUUUGAACUCUCUGUCCGCCGUGACACUUGAAGAUUUCGUCCGUUCCUUCAAGAAGGAUCUGACAGAGGCCCAGUACACCAUGAUAUCUAAGAUCCUCGUGGCCAUCUAUGGCGGGCUGAUGAUGCUGAUGGCUUAUGUCUCAUCUUUUCUUGGAGGCAUCUUGCAGGCUGCGCUGAGUAUAUUCGGGAUGAUCGGCGGGCCUCUACUCGGGCUCUUCACUCUCGGCAUCCUCUUCCCAUGGGCCAACGUCUGGGGAGCCUAUGCGGGGACGGCCGUGUCCUUCCUGAUAGUGUUCUGGGUGGGGAUCGGUGCGCAGGUGUACAAACCGCCGGUCAACAAACCUCCCAUCUCCGUCAUGGGCUGCCCCCGGGUCAACGAGACCGUCAGUAACGUCACCAUGUCAGCCGUUACCAUGGUAACAGACAUGUUUGCCACGACGGAGGCCGGUCCGAUGGUGGACGACAGGCCGGGCGUGGCUAAGUACUGGUACUCGAUGUCGUACCUGUACUACAGCGUCAUCGCCGUGCUGACGGUACUGGUCGUGGGGCUGGUCGUCAGCUUCAUCACAGGCGCCCAGGACCCCGAGGAGCUCGACCCCAGGCUGAUCACGCCGUUCUUUGACACGGUGUGCUGCUGCUUCCCGGAGCGCUGGCGCCGAAAGCUGCGGUGUGGCGUCCCGCACGAGGACAGGGAUUACUACUCAAAGACAGACCAAGACGGGCCGUCGAGGGCUGAGGAGAUGAAAAACUUAAAGGGAGAAGAAGAACGCGACGGCGACAUACCGACCUCCAGUCCGAACGGCGAUGUCCCGGACGAGAGGAACAGCAAAAGCAGCGUGGACUUCGAGAGUGCCAUGCUGUACCCCAACAUGGCGGACAAUGCUCGUUGCCAGGGGGAGAGUCACGCGACAAUCUGUGGUGAAGAAGCCCUAGUGCGUUUUCUCAGAUGGACGGAUGCCUACACGUUUCCAAAGGAACACGUCUGCCUUCCUUUUGGCGCGAAACUUGGCCCAGGAUGUUCUGGCCGUGUUUACGUACACCCCUCGGUACCGCGGUGUUUUGGUCCCACAACUUGCAGUGCUCAGACUUGGAGUUGCCCCUGCUGGUUUCCUCGGGUUCAGGCCCUCCUUCAUGGUCACGCCUGUCUUCAAGGUCUAUCGUUCAACGUCUUGAAGGAAGGAAAACUUGAAGACGGGACACAGCAGUUCGCGAUGGCAGCGGAGGGGAACUUACGGUUCAGCGGGUGGGACUAUGCUGUGUUCUCGGUCAUGUUUGGCGUGUCCAUCUCCAUUGGGCUAUACUACGCCUGUACCGGCGGCAAACAGCGCACAACGAAGGAAUAUCUGAUGGCUGACCGCUCCAUGUCGGUUCUUCCCGUCAGUCUGUCUCUCCUGGCGUCGUUCAUGUCCGCCAUAACCGUGUUAGGCACCCCGGCCGAGGUCUACACGAACGGCACCAUGUACUGGAUGUUCGCCGUCACGUAUGUCAUCGUGAUCGUGCUGACCGCGCACCUCUUUCUCCCGACGUUCUACAGACUUGGAGUCACGAGUACAAACGAGUACUUGGAGAAGAGGUUCAACAAGGCUGUGCGAACACUCGGAGCCAUCUUCUUCACUAUAAACAUGAUUAUUUACAUGGGACUGGUCUUGUACGCACCCUCACUGGCGUUGAAUGCAGUGACUGGGCUAAACUUGUGGGUGGCUUUACUGACUAUGGGAAUUGUCUGUACAUUUUACACCGCAAUAGGCGGUAUGAAGGCAGUGAUGUGGACCGACACGUUCCAGGUGUGUGUGAUGGUGGCGGGGUUUCUCGCUGUGAUUAUCCAGGGGACACUGGUGGUAGGAGGCUGGAGCAACGUCUGGGAGAUAGCACGGCGGGGCCAGAGGCUAGAGUUCUUCAAUUGGGACCCUGACCCGAAGGUUCGCCACUCCAGUUGGACGGUGUGGGUGGGGGGCAUCUUCACCUGGACGGCCGUGUACGGGGUGAACCAGGCGCAGGUGCAGCGCUACUGCAGUUGUCCCACACUCCGCAAGGCGCAGACAGCCCUGUACCUGAACAUCCUGGGUCUCGGCGUGAUCAUAACCUUGGCCUGCGUGUCCGGAUUGGUCAUCUACGCCCGUUACCAUGACUGCGACCCCAGGCUGGCCGGAUACAUCUACAACAGCGAUCAGCUGAUGCCCUACCUGACGAUGGACGUGCUCGGCCACCUUCCCGGCAUGCCCGGGCUCUUCACAGCCGCCGUCUUCAGCGCAGCCAUAAGCACCAUGUCCUCCGGACUGAACUCUCUGGCAGCCGUGGCGUUAGAAGACUUUAUCAAACCUCUUACCAGGAGAAAAGACUGGACGGACCUCAGAUACACUGUCAUCUCCAAACUUCUCGUGAUCACGUACGGAUCAGUGAUGAUCAUGAUGUCAUACAUGGCCUCCUACCUUGGCUCCAUCAUCAUCGCUGGAUUGAGUAUUUUCGGCACCAUUGGGGGCCCGAUUCUGGGUAUCUUCGUGCUCGGAAUGCUGUUUCCUUGUGCAAAUGGGAAGGGUGGAUUUGCGGGCCUGUUCUGUAGCCUGAUCAUCACCAUGUGGUUGGGGUUCGGUCAGUUCGCCCACCCCUACCCACGGUGGAGACCGCCUAUCUCUAUCGCCGGAUGUAACGGGACCGGAAACAACGUCACCAGUGACGUGUCAGCCUUCGAAAUGCCGACGGAUGCUGCCUUCAACUUUACGACAGCUGCAGUACCGGUCCCAGGCGCUAGGUGAUAAAUACUAUUAGUAAGAAGUCGUUUGGGGAAGA